AUGUCAGAAGGCUCUGGAAACACUCGGUGCAAAGGUCAAAGUUUGGAGAUAGAGAAUCGCCGUCAGCUUGAUCUUGGCUUGGUAAGUGGUCUGCAAGAAGCUCGCAAGCUCCGAAAGAAUCGCAGCGUCGUCGAGGAAGGUGUCGUUGAAGCCGGGUGUGUCAACGAGACGUCGGCUGGCCAGGAGCUGGAGAAGGAGCUCAUCAAGCAGCGAGAGCUGUUCGCGAAACGUCUGAAAGAAGCGCAAGAGGAGAUGGAUGGUGCGAUAGUGGAGAACGAUCGACGGGCGAGCAAAGAAGCUACCGCGCAGCAAUGGCGUUUUGAGCAGAAGCUGGGGGAAAUCGUGCAGGGAAGCGAGGAUCUCAAGGUGUUCCAUGCAGAAGCUGCUGGAACAAACGGACCUGGAGCAACAGCAUGCGCUACACAACCUGGAACUCGCAAAGCAGCAGAGCCAAGACGAAGCCAAGAAGGCAUCGGAGCAGAUUGA